ACGAAAACUAACUAAAAAAUUAAAGUGUGUGAAAUGUAAUUAAAAAUAAAUAUACAAAAUCCCUUAACAACUAAAAAUGGGCCUUUCUUAACCGAGUGUUGUGAUCUUAUGAGAAAGUCAUGAAGACUACGGUGCGUUAUAAAAUGAAAAGCUAUCAUCAAUACAUAACUUUUCGAGUCGAAACAUAAAAAAUGUAUUAAUACAUUUACAUCAACAAUUUGUACUUCUGCGCUAGCUCUCCACUCCUCACAUCAUCGAUGUCAUCUUCGCCGUUGUCGCGUUUUUCGCUCUUGUGGUUUCUAUUCUAAGUUUCUUUUAUUUUUCCUCUUCGUAGAAGAAGAGUACACAACAAAAAAAAUUGUAUGUGCGUGCGAGCAGCGAAUCCGUCCGUGUGUGUUUAGUUGUUGGUCGGGUGUAUGUGAACAACGAGUCGAGUAGAGAUGGAGAUGCAAGCAUUUGUAAUAGUGUGCGUGUAUGUUUAUAGUGUACGACGGCUUACGGCUUUGGCAUAAUUUUGCAAAAGGCUGAUAUGAAGUGAAGAACAUGCAUAGAAAAGAACUCGCCGUCACACGCUGUUAUCGAAAAGAGACAACUACUGUAGAGUAGGCAAGCAAACAAAAUAUAGCUUAACUGUUAUGUCAAUAAUAAAAGAAGAGAAAUGCAAAAAAACCACUAAAAUUAAAUAAAACGAAAAUGAAAAAAAUAAACGGAAGAGACAAAAUAAAAGAAACGACAUGUAAAAAUUAAAAAAAAAACGAAAUAUUGCAUGUGAAAAAUGUAUGUUGUUGAAAGUUCAAAGAAAAUGAAAAUGUUAAGUGAAAAAAGUGUAAUGAAGUAGUGCUUCCCUGGAGAAAAAGGCUGUGUAUAUUUUUCCUAACCGCCUCGGUCCGUGUUGUAAAAUUACUGCCAAGUGAAAAUAAAAGAAAAAUGCACUCUCUUCUCAUAAGAGUCGUCGUAGUUGUAAAUUAUGAAUGUAAAAAAAUGAUAAUUGAAAGUUUUUUAUUUGUUCUUUUUCGUUAAAUAAGUUAUGAAAAAUUCACACAUACACACAUACCCAAAUAAAAUGAAAUGAAAAAUUAAGAAAUAUACCAAGAGGAGGAAUAAAAUCUAUUGAUUUUCGGCAUUAAAAAACAUUGGCAAAAAUAUAUGUGGAAAAAGAAAAUCGAAAUUUCUCGCCAAAGCCACAUUCGCCAUCUGAAAAAUUAAAAAAAAAUCAACAAGGAGCAAGUCGGGAUUAUCGAAUCAACGUCAUUCUCAUCGCCAUAGUUAUAAGCCCAACUAACUAGUGGCAAAAUAUAGUACUAUUACAACAACGGCAGGCAGCAGCAAUUUCUACAACAAAAAGCGCAGACAUUAUUAGCGGCUACAACAAAAACAACAAUAAAACAUCGCCACCAACAACGAGGACGACGGCAACGACGACGACCACCACACAGGCACGACAGGAACAUCCAUCGAUUUUUUGCCGUAUUCUCAAGUGGAGUUCUUCCUUUGCUGCUUCUCCAUAUCCCAAACGGCCAGUCUGCCAGCCCCUUAGCAUACGUGCAAGCAAGUCAGUCAGUCAAAAAGGAAUAAAACACACACAAGGAGGCAUUUAAGGAGCAGGGACAAAAAAUAGACUGCAAAAGAGUCAUCAAAGUUGUCGUUGUCUACUUGAGAUUGUCUGCUUCCUUCUCAUUAUCUUUGCCUAGUUGCAAUUUUGCCCCCUUUCUCUGCCAUUAGCACUUUUGCCCUACUAUCCAACGUCUCUUCAGUCAGUCGGCUUGUCUGCCUGUCUGUUGGUUCGUGUGUCUACCAUUUUUUGAGUUAUUUGCAAAAGUGGGUCUCCAUCUAAUGACCUAUCAUGUUGUCUUGUUUCAAAAGCAAUAAAUUACUUUAAAUCUUCCUCUCGCACAUCAUCCCGUUAUGGACGGCAGUAGCAGUGCACAAGAUCAAAAGCCGCCUGGGUCCAAUCAUUUACCACCGAACUCCCAUAGCCAAGCUGUGGCCGCCCAACAACAACAACAGCAAAAUGUAGGCGGUACCGGAAAUACUACUGGCAACGCAGGAAUCGGCGGUAUCCCAACAGGAGGUGGAGGAGGAAGUGGUGGUAUUGUUAGUGGUAUUGGGAUUGGAGGUAUUAUUGGUAGUGGAGGUACGGCUUCUGGUCUGGCCGGUCAAAUGGUCAUUGGUCCAGCAACAGCCGUUGCAGCAAUAGGUGAUCAACUCCAUUUGCCUCCUCCCACAAAUCAAUCAGCUGGAGCAGCUGCCCCAAAUGCUAUGAAUCCCAAUAGCAAUCAUACCAUGGGAGUCCUCAUUGGGGGUUCUGGUAAUCUUACAAAUACCAAUACAUCCAAUCUCUCCAAUGCUAGUGGCGCAUUAGCGGCUGUGAUAGCUGGUAGCGGUAAUGGCCCAGGGCUUAAUACAACAACCGGCAGUUUUUUUGUCAACAGCAUUUCAUCAUCUGCCACAGCGGCGGGAUCAUCGGUUUUGGGUGGCUCUGUGGGACCCAGUAAUAGCGAUUUUGAUUCGGACACCGAACUUUCAAUAGUCGCUGCAGCAGCUGCAGCGGCCGCUGCCGUGGCCAACUCGUCAGCCACAAAUGGUUAUACUUCCAAUACAAACAAUAACGGCAAUGCCAACAGCAAUUCCAACUCCAAUUCUUCCCUGAAUGCAAAACAACAAAGGCAACAGAAGCGGCGGCGUGAACGGGCUCUACGUCUUCAGGCUGAACGUGAUAAUCGCAGUGCGACCAAUACCACAACGAACAGCAAUAGCAACAGUUCCACCGCCAAUACCGCCAACGUUGUUAACAACAAUACCCCCGGCAACAAUAACAAUGCGAAUAAUUCCUCCAAUCCCCUACAGUUUCCUAAUGUCACAAAUGCGAAUGCGACCAACAACAAUGGAAGUGGCCUAGUGGCCAGUGCAACGUCGUUGACAUCCUCUUCGUCAUCAUCGUCGGCAUCAUCGGGGGUGGCCUCCACCAACACCACACCGACGUCUACGGCGGUCACUGCCACAACAGGCAGUAAUAAUAAUAACAACAACAACAGCAACAAUCAUCAUCUUUAUCAUGCCAGCAGUGCCAAUAGUAUGGGUGAAGAUAGUAACAAUUCUAGUGGCAUUUUUACAACAAGUUCCAGUAGUAGCGCCAAUAAUAAUGCCCUACUACCACCCACAGACAGUAUUGCAUCAUUGCUUUUGAAUCCUCCACAUUCGCCGGAUUGUCAUUCAGGCAUUAUGGCCAGUCCCAGUGACAGUGAAGGCGAGUCACUAGAUGAAGAUUUACUAUCGACAUCGUCAUCAUCGACAUUGUUACUGCCACGUGAUAAACCAUUACCGCGACCCCCACCGCCAAUGCGAAGAAAGCUGCCACGUUCACCAGUACUGGAAGAGGAGAUCAUUGAUGGUUUUGCAAUAUUGGAAUUUAAAACCUAUGAGGAUUUGGAGUUUGCAAUAAAAUUGGGCCAAAAACGUAAAGAGAAGCGAUUAUCAGCGCUGGAAGAGCUGACAUGUACGUAUAGCAUUGAAGAAAUAAAAAUGCCAAAGAUCAUAGAUACAGGACAGCCGCAUCCAAUAAGGAGCAGCGGCGGUGGCGUUGGUAGUGGCGUAGGAGGUGCUGGAAAUAUUGUUGGCAGCGGCAUUGGAAAUGCUGCUAGUCUUGGUGCUACAGCGGCGGGAGUUGUUAGUGGACUGGGAUCCUUAAAUCUUAAUCAUAAUAAUAAUAAUAAUAGCAACAACAACAACAACAACCAUCAGCAGCAUCUACAUAAAGAUAAUAGCAGCAGCAACAACAACAACAGCGGCAGUAAUCAUCUGAAGGAUAAUAACAGUAUUCGUAUACCCACAAUGAAUGCCAACAACCAUCCAAUGAUGAUGGUUAAUAGCAAUAAUAAUAACAACAACAACAAUGGCAGCAGCGGCAAUAACAAUAACACCAACACGACCAACAACAACAAUGCUAGUGGUAACAAUUUAAGUGUCUCCACAGAUGUUAAUAUGACAUCCUUAAUGGGAACAGCAGCAGCGCCAACAGGCCCAACAAACCAAGCGUCAGAUGGCAAUGCCAUUGUUUCGAUGAAAUCAUCAUCUUUGUCAGGAAGUUCUGCACCUACACCUCCUAUUCCAAUGGAAACAAUGCCCUGGAAGGAUACCCAACAAACUUCCCCCUUUAACGCCCAUAAUGGCGCGUUUGUCCCUGGUAGUGUGGUGGGAGCACAAACAGGAAUCAUGGGUAUCAAUAGUGGUGGCGUUCCAACGUCAGGUUCGGCGACAGGUAUGCCGCAUGGCCUAAGUAAUGAGGGUAAAAUAAGUGGGGGUAUUCCCGUUCGAGGCGAGAAUGGUAAUGAAAGCAGUAUUAUGAUGGAUACAUGUGAUGGUUCAACGGCAGCGGCGGCAACGACAACAACGUCGGCGUUAACUACAGGAGCAGCUAUGGGCACAGCCACAUCUAUUGCACACACAACAACGUUGGCGGUCCAAGGUCCAACGCAUUUGGUGGGAUCCUUUGUCGGUGCCACACUUUCCACUCCACUACCAAAUUCCAACGCAACAAAUUCCUCAUCGCCUUCGCCUAUGGAUACGAUGACGACGACGGCGGCGUUGGCAUCAACAGCGACUUCAAAAGUCAACAACAACACAAAUGAAAAAUGCACAAAUCCAUUGCCCGCACAGUCCACAUCUCCCAUGGUCACGCAAACGCCAUCUCCUGCCACGAGCACAAUAGCUGUCCUAACGACAAAUGCGUCUACAAUAGCCGGGCAAGCGACAAAUGCUAUGCUAUCCUCCUCGCUUGCCUUGGCGGGUGGCAGCAGCAGCAACAUUGGCAUAGAUAAAUUACCUGCCUCGCAACAACAUCAAAUCAUGCAACAGCAGCAGCUUCAAACCUCCUUGGCAAUGCAAACCAUGCCAUCAACUAUGAAUGCUACUACUACACCUCCUACUACCAUUACUACUCCAUUGACGCAGGGUUCAAGUGAUAAUUACAAAUCAAAUAGUAUACACCCACAUCCUGGUUUAGGACCACCUUCCUUUAAAUCAAUGUCUUCGUUGGCAGGAAGUUGCAUACCACCAGGAGCAUUUAAUAAAUCAAACGCACAUUUAAUGGAUCAAAAGAUGCACAAUAAUAGUAAUAAUGAUUUUAUAAAUAUGGCAACUUCCUCUGCUGCUAAUGCCGUUACGGCAGGAAGUGUUGUGUCCAGUGGUGGAGCUGGUGUUGGUGUCGGUUUACCGCCUAAUCAACAGCAACCGCCAUCACAACAACAACAGCCACCUAACUCGGCAGCAUCGGCGUCUUCGCCAGCCAUAACACCAUCAACUACCACAGGAGCUAUGGGCAUAGCAAAUCAAAAAGAUUUACAACAUCUUCAUCAUCAUCAUCAUCAUCAUCAGGGUGGACCAAUUGGUCCGCCUGGAGCACCAAUACCACAUCCCUCGCAUCUGCAGCACCAUUUACAUCCGCUUCAUGCAGUAGCGGGAGGGCCACAAGGGCCGCCAGGAGCGUCUUCAAAUAUGAGUGCAAUAAUUAGUGGCCUCUCAUCUAAACAUCAACCUCCACCACCAACACCACACCAAAUGCAACAGCAUCAUCAUCCUUCACAGUUGCAGCAGCAACAGCAACAUGCUCUGCAGCAUCAACACCAAAUGCAACAGCAGCAACUGCAGCAUCAGCAACACCAUCAACAGCAGCAGCUACAGCAUCAGCAACAUCAUCAUCCUCUUCAUCACCAUCAUCCACCACCCCCCCAACAACAACACCAACAACCUAUGCAGCAUCAGCAACUUCAAUCUCACAAGGAUAUGCUUGCUGUUGGUGGCAGUAACAGCAGCAGCGAUCACAAGGAUCGUUUAAGUGAUGCAAACAGUAGAGUUAACAAUAUUGGAAAAGGAUUUAAUAUCUGUGAUAGCGGCAAUGAUGAAAAUAAGGGUCCUGAAAAGUUAGGAGCCAUAGUAUUUCCUUCGACGCCCACUCAACAAUUUACAAAUGCAACCCCGAGUCCCACAACACCUCGAAAAUCUUCAGAUUAUCCCCAACAGGCGACAAGUGCAACAGUGACGGCAUCAUCAUCGGCGACUAGCUCCAACACCAGCUCUACAACAUCUGCCGCGGCGAAUUUGCAGCAGAAACCGCCUGGUAAUGAACAAAUGCCGCAACAAUUCUCUAUACCCACAAGUGGUGGUAUGCUGCCUGGAGGACCUUUGUCUCAGGUUAGCGGUGCGUCAACAACAACAAGUCAUCAUAUGCAUGAUGGUCGACCACCAUCAACAGGUACGAACGGCCCCGGCAGCAUACCAUCGACAGGUACAACCGCAGCACCUCCUCCACACUCGGUGUUUGGACCUCCUGUUUCCUCAGCAGGCAUGUCAAAUGCAUCGGAUAAUAAGUCUGCACUGGGACCACCACAUCCAACCCAUGCUUCACCAGCAUUUUCCUCAAAUGUUAGUCAACAGCAGCAUCUCAAUGAUCCUCGCAAUGCAAUUGCUUCGCCUUCUUCAGCAGGACCUUCGCCGCAUUCACAACAUCCUCAUGCUUCUAGUGAUAGCCCGUUUGGUCCAAAGCAUUUGGCCGGAUCACCGUCGUCUGGCACAGGUAAUCUCAUGUCCCCCGCUCCAACACCACCCAAUGCUUCACCAUUGCCAAGUAUGCAUCCGAAAUCCGCUUCGGGUUUGCCGCCGUCUACGAUAGCGCCCAAUUCACCAGCAAACCUUCAACUGCCUCCUGGUUCUCAAAUGCCGCCAUCGGCAACAGGUUCUCCCUUGCUCGGAGGUCCUCCGGGUGGUUUUAGUGCAGCUGGAUCGAUAAAUAACAGACUCGGUCCACCACCUCCAACUCAUCCAUUCCCUCCCUCCUCACUGCAUUCCAAUGUCAACGCACCGUCGAACAUGGUUCUAAAAUCCAACGAGUCGGAAAGUCGUGACAAAGGUUCUCAUAGUGGGGCAAGUGGUCCCGCGCCUCCACCAAUGAUAAACGGUUAUCUGCCUCCGUUUGUAACUAACGCGGGACAAAACCCACAAUCUACCAGUGGUGUCUCAAGGAUCUCACCUCACCCUAAUGCCAUUCCGGCUACGGCAACACCGCCAGGAUCUGGAUUAUCAUACCCGCCAUCUUCAUCGUCUUCGGUAACCGCAAAUAAGGCACCAACUGCUGCAACAACUGCUGCCUCACCCCAUUCCUCUUCCUCUGGACAACCUCCCCCACCACCAUCUUCUGCAGUCUCAACAUUGCCGCCAUCGUCAACAGCUACGUCUAUGUCUAAGUUUCCUCCACACAGCAGUAGCGGUUUGCCUCCCAUACAAUCGACAGCUGGAAUUUUUGGCCCAGGUGGUUUACCACAUGGCCUUCCACCUGGCGUCGGGCAUCCUGGUAUGCUUACCGGAGGUAUACCGCCAAAUGGUAUCUCGCCAAUGCUACUACACGCAUCGCCAUAUCGCUCGCCCUAUCCCAAUUAUGCUCUAUAUGCUCCAUAUAGUGGAUUGCCACAUAGUCACUAUUUGCCACCUGCAGUGCCAUCGCCAAGUGCCUCGCCACGUACCAGUCGAGAAUCUCCUAUGAUGUCACAAGUGGCAAAGCCACCUAGUCUAAGGCCUCCAACACCUGUGAGUCAAUCGUCUGCAUCAUCGUCAUCGUCAACCCCGGGGCAGAUGGCACAACAGCAAAAUAGUGCUAGUGGUUCGAGUACUCCAACGAGUUCUACGCCUGCUACAGUUUCAACACCCACUUCCAUGACAGUGACUUCGGCGAGCUUGAGUCAUAGUGCCCCAGCGGGAUUACCCACAUCUUCAAUGGCAUCCCACUUAUUGCAUCAUCCGCAUCUUCCAUAUCCUGCAUCGUUACCGAUACCACAACAAAUACUAGGUGGACCCCCUUUUCCACAUCCACCAUCGGCAAUGACACAUCCCCUUUCAGUUUCUCAUCCUCCUCAUAGUAGUAUAGCGAGUGUUACAACAACUACUGCAGCAGCGUCUACACCGCUAAGUGCCACACUGAGCGGUAGUGCAAUGACUAGUGGAUUGAAUCCACCAGCUAUGAGUCGCGAUGGAACGCAAAUAUUGCAUCCACCGCCACCGCACUUACUAACGCAUCCGCACUUAGGACCACCACAUAUGCCUCCUCUGCCGCCGCAUAUGCUGCCACCAUCGCACUCGGGUCUUCUGAGGGGAGCUUCACCUACAACAACGCCGACCAGUAGUCAAGCGCCGCCGCCGCCGCCCAGUACAAAUUCGACGGCUUCAUCUUCAGCAUCUGUGAUUCAUAAAGGAAUUUCACCCCAGAGUGAAAGUCCAACAAAAGAACGUAGUGAUAAUAAUGCCUACCUUCCACGUUCAUCUGUUGCCAAUACUCACCUCAGUGGUUUCCCCCCAACAUCAACGGCAUAUAUAGCAACCUCAAUGGCUCCAUCGUCGAUAUCCUCAUCAUCGUCUGUACCACAUUCAGUUGCUUCCAUGGUUUUAACAAAUGCCUCCUAUAGUUCCACGGUUUCGUUGCCUACAACAACAUAUGCUUCGGCAGGUGCAAUGCCAAUGAUGACCACACAACAACUACCACAGCCACCUCCUGGAAGUAUAACAUAUCCAGGAGCUCCAAAGCACUCAAUGUGGCCACCUCCAAGUUCCUCAUCAUUAUCAGUACCAUCAGCACCACCACCAACAUCAGUUGUCACUUCACAUCCCUCAAGCAUAGCCACAAGACCCACACCUCCGCCACCGACAUCUUCAGCAGCAUCGUCUGCAUUGGCACCGCCGCCAAUAUCGGUUUCACCGCACACUGCAACAAUGCAUUCCUCUUCGACUAUACCCCCGCCAGGUGUUCCUCCAGCUGGAAGUGGGUUUCAUCAACAAUAUUUUGUGCCUCCUAUGCCAUCAGUUCCUCCGGUGUCUUCAGCUUUGGUCGGUGUGCCAAUUAGUUCCAUUAGUAGUUCUUUAGCGGUAACAUCGUCAAUUUCUACGUCGUCAUUGUCGUCUACAUCGGGUCUGACAACAACAUCGGCGAACAGUGCACCAGUGACAACGACCACGCAAAGUUCGGCACCACUUCCAUUUUCAGCAGAAUCUCUUUUUCAGCCAAGCAAAAAUGAUCAAGCGGAUCUGUUGCGACGUGAAUUGGAUAACAGAUUUUUGGAUCGUAGCACCCAGCAGCAGCCAGCGGGUCAUGGAUCGAGUGGCAGCGGUCAAAGUACAACAUCCAAUGCAGCUGCUUCACCUUCGGUUGCAAGUAAUGUUUCACCAGCAACAGUUCCUCCUCCCACAUCUAGUUCUGGAAGUCUGCCAUCGGCACCUCCACCAACGGCCCCAGUUCCACAUGCACCAACAGCGGCAGUGCCAUCACCUUAUCUAAGGCAAGAAUUGCAUCAUCACCAACAUCAGCACACCCAUCUGCAUCAACAUCAACAACUAUUGCCCACGGCUUUAGCAGCAGCACCUCCACCAGCCCCGGCUCCCCUUUUUCCCCCACCUCUGUUCAAAGACAUUCCCAAAAUUGCCGCCGUCGAAUCACCAUUCUAUCGUACCGGCAUUGGUUUGCCUGGCUAUACCGGUUACAGUCCAGCUGGUCUAAUGCAUCCUGGAUUGGGGGGUGCUACACCCUUCAUGCCUCCCAGCCAUUUAACUUCAUUUGCGCCAAAGACGAUUCAACCAUCGCCUUCCACAAAUCCUCAUCAACAACCUCAACCGCCAUUACCAACCAACAUUGUUGAUUCCUCCUCGAAAUCUAUUAAGUUCACGAAAACUGGUCGUUGGAAUGCUAUGCACGUUCGUAUAGCGUGGGAAAUUUAUUAUCACCAAAACAAACAGAACUCUGACAAACUGGGCUCUGGUUCGGCAUCGGUAGGACCGGGUUCUGGAAGUAACCCCUCUACACCGGGUAUAUCGGGAAACAGCAAUAGUAGUACCGGAGCCACGCCCACAUCUACGACCGUAUCUCAGAGCAUAGCAGUGUCAACAAGUUUAGGGGCAGGCCCUUCUCCCUCUGCUGUAUCAUCGUUGAGUAUGAAAGCUUCGCCGGCAUUAACAUUAAGUGCUGGAGCUUCACCACAUCUUUUGCAUAGACCUGGUGAAUUACCGCCAGGUGCUUAUGCUUCGGCAAUACCAGGUCGUUCGCCAUUCGAAACAUCUCCUUUGUCGACAGCUUACAUAGGUGCUCCUCCCAGCCAUAUAGGUACCGCUGUUUCUCCUUUUGGGCGCUAUAUGGGUCCUUUUGGUUUUGGCUUAUCACCAUUUGGCAGAGAGAUACCGCUUGGCGGAACCAUGCAUGACCCUUGGAGAGCAGCUGCUUUACAACAACGUGCUGUGCCUUAUCACCCAGGAGCUCCACCUCCUGGUUGGUCUAUGAAGCCGGAUACUACGGCCUUGGAUAAUGCUCGUCGUGAAGCCGAAGAACGUGAACGGGAACGAGAAAUGCGUGAGCGUGAGCAAAGGGAACGCGAACGUCAAAGACAACGCGAGCGCGAAGAACGGGAACGCAAAGAAAAAGAGGAGAAGCUUAAGCGUGAGCAACAGGAACGCGAACAGCGUGAAAGAGAACGCGAACGUGAACGAAAGGAGAGGGAAAGGCGAGAAAUGGAACGACGUGAAAUGGAGCGAGAAAGAAUGUUGCAGCAACAGCGCAUCAACGAAAGCAACAAAUUGUCGCAGGCUGCCGCUGCAGCAGCAGCCAUGAAUCAGGCACGUGAUAGAUCUCCACAUCGUAGCGUAACGGAUAUGCAAGGCGGCCCUGGUGGUCCAGUUGGUGGUGAAAUGAGAAUCAAAGAAGAGAUGCCUCGAACUAAGGAAGAACAGGAUGCCAUGAUGAUGCGCGCAUCGGCGGCAGCAGCGGCUGAUCCUCGCUACCACAAUUCAAUGGCCCAAGUAAAUGCCGCUGCAGCAGCACAUCAUGCCUCAUUUAUGGCAAGCCGUCAUGGUCCCCAUGUAGGACCACCACCUCCUCAUCUAACACGUACCAUGAUGGGUCCAACGCUGGGCGGUCCGCCAAUGCCGCAUUUUGGUCCUCCAGGACCAGGCUGGCCUAUGGAUCCAUAUCGCGACCCCUAUGCAAUGUCAGCGCUACGUUAUAAUCCUCUCAUGGAGGUGGCGCUACGGCAUGAAGAAGAACGCCAUAAGGCGGCAAUGAGCAUGUAUGCAGUACAAUCGGCGGCACAUUUGAGAGGUAAAGAACCCUCACCCAUACCACCACCCACAGGUGUUGGUGGACCCUUGGGACCACCUCCACCACCCCAUCAUCGUUUGCAGCCAGGACCAAUGGGACCGGGGCCCUUGGGUCCAGGACCUGGUGGCCCUCCAGGGCCUCCACCCUCAGCGCUAAGCGGUAAACCGCCCAGCUUAGGUGGUAUGCCACAUCCCAUGGUAGUCGAUCCCAUGUUGCAGCCUAAAAAAGAAGAGCCGGGAGUAACAACGCCGCAAACAGUAAUGGGUAUGACACCUACCGCCACCAAUCCAGCAAAUUCAGCGCCCGGCCGAUGAUAAAUUGAUAAAAUUCCAACAAAAAGAGCUUUCAUUGACUUGACAUGAGACACAGAGAAAGAGGGAUGAGAAAGCUUUUUUAAAAGGAAUCCCCUAAAAUAAAGAAGAGAUAUCAAAAAAUCAGUAAUAAGCUUGAAACGAGACCAAGUAAUCUUUAAAAGAAAAAAAAAGAAUUGUAUUAUAAAGCAACAACAAAAAUAACUGAAAAAUUUUAACUCCUUUCCCUUAAAAACAAUAUAAACUGUGUAUACCUUUUUUGUAUGCUCUCCUUGAGUUUUUCGUCUUUGGGAGAGAAAUCUCUUUUACUUUUUUCUUUCGUUUUUAUUUUUCUUUUUUUUUUUUAGAAAAAAUGUAUAAAAGUUAAGCUUAAAUUUUAUUACAAAGAAAUCCAUUCUGCUCUUCCCUAUGGAUAGGUUUUUAUAAACCAAACCCCUUCCACCAUGCCCCAACCUGUUUUACUACUCCCCCCCAAAGCUAUUGUAAAAAUUUACUAAUUCCAAACGAUAAUUACAAACAAACAAUCUAUAUAAACUCAAAACUUUACAUAUAUACAUAAUUGUUUAAAAAGUCGUAAACAAAUUAAAACGAAAUGAUUAACAGCAAAGUAUAUAAAACGUGUAUGCAAUAUUAUAUACUACUAUUUAAGUAAAAACAAACAACAAAAAAAA